AUGGCCACAGUUUCAAUGAGUCUAAACCUAAUCGGUGCUUUUAAGGGUCUGUCCUUAUCUUCAAGCUCUUCCUCAUCAUUUUUCAAGGGCGAAUUCAGCGUGGCUCCCAGUUCAGUCACCGUUUCCCUCCCACACCAAACGCCGUUCCCGUUAACCAUCGAAUCCGCCCACAAAAAGGGAGCCGGGAGUACGAAGAACGGCCGUGAUUCGCCAGGUCAACGCCUCGGCGUUAAGAUUUACGGUGACCAGGUGGCCAAGCCUGGUGCCAUUAUUGUUCGUCAGCGCGGCACCAAGGUUCGUCCUUACAUAACUUCCACAAAAACAGCAUUUUGA